AGGCGGAAGGCGUGUGCAUCCGGCGGCGCUUAAUAUACGAUCGGCAGAUUCCCUUCGUACCUGAGAUGUUUAAUGAAGACCAUGCCGAUGCCGGGCAGGAAACGGACGGAUCCAUGUCCGUGCCGUCCGAAUCGGUGCGAGAGUUGGCGGUAGAAUUAUAUAAAAUGGUCACGGAAUACUACGCUGAAGACAGGGAGGUCAGCGCAACAUUGCCAUGGAGUCGAGCCGCGUUCACUCUCAUAGCCAUCAUCUUUGGUGCGGUCUUCGUCCCUCUCUUUAAAAUCACCGCUUCUAUCGUUCUGGCUGCUGCUUUCCGGGCUGCUACGUUUCUGAUAUUUAGUCCGGGCACCAUGGCGAAAAUCGUGGGCAGCGAAGGAUACAUCUACUACGCGCAGAUCCUCGUGAAGCACUACGUAGGAUUCGGUCCCUUUUUCGCUCUCUUCACGAAUCCCCUUGAGGCGGUUCCGAAGCUCCUGAAUCUCUGAUGAUAAGGAUGGAAGAUUUGAAGUGGAAGGAAAAGAGAGAGAGAGAGGAGGAAAGGAGGGAGGGGGAGAGAGAGGAAAGAAAAGGAAGAAGGGGGGUAAGGAUAAGGAAGAGGAUGAAGUGUAUAGGAUGUGAAGGAUGAGGAG